CAAAGCAAAGGCUUUGAACGAAACCGCCAUAUUUCCUUUUUAGUUUCUUUUUAUAAGUUUUAAAUUUAAGAAAAUUUGAUAUUUAUUUAAAAGUAUGGAUCGUACAACCAUCGCGCCUUGGAGGGCCGAAGAGAAGGAGCAGAGCGAAAAGUUGCACAAGAAGCUGCAAGGCCUGGCGCUGGUGCAUCCUUUGCCAGAUGAGUUGCGAAAACUUCUCGCCUGGGACAUGUUCCUUAAGCCCAACCAGGUGGCUUUCUUUCACGUCAUGCACUACCUUUUCCGGCUUCUGGACCCGGCCGAGUUCAAGAGGCGAUUCUUUUGGCCUAUCACUGAUAAGAAAUCGGAGGCCAAUUUCCGAUCAAGCACGGUGGAGUACCUUAAGCACCUGAACGAGAAACAUCAGCUGCACUGGGCUAACAUCAAGUCCUACCUGGUUGUCAUGCCUGGAGGAAUGAGGUUCAUCAACUUCUUGCUGGAAUUUGUAGGCUUUGUCAUCCAAGAGCAGAUUAAGCAGCGCGAGAAGUCAAUGGGCUUGGAGGCAGGUACUUCUCAUGUUAGUGCCAAGGUUAUGGCCCGCCAAAAUGCUGUGAUGAAGGAAUAUGCCUCAGGCUAUAUCGCCAAUUUGGAGGAGAACACGGCCCUGUUGCGGCACAAAACUAAAGAGAUCAGACGCAUGAUGGCCGAACUGUCCGAGGACAUAGAAGUUCCUGUGGAACAAUUAGUGGACGAUAGCUUUCUGGAUGAAUUCGAAGCUAACGUGGCACUUGGAGUAGAUCAUGUUGUUGCAAAACGGAGUAAUAUGACAUUAGACGUUGAGGAUUCGAUGAUUGGCCUCAAAGAGGCCAUCGAACUGUUCCAGUCUAAGCAGGCGGAGCUUAAUCAGAGUAAGGAGGCAGUGGAUAAGGCUCUACGGGGAAUGCGGGUAUUAUUUAAUUCCGACCCAGUUCCAGAAGGAGAUUUAUUCGAACAGGAUGGAAUGGAAGCCCUUAUAAAUGCGUUUAAUCGUGUAAGCGGAACAAUUGCUGAGCAACUGGAUGCCAACGACCACUACAACGAGUCCAACGCCUUUGUCACCUCUGAAUUGAAAGCGUUGCGAGAGGACGUGACCCAAUCUGAAGUGCAGUUAAACGAUUUACUGAAGAAACUAAACGAACCAUCCAAAAAGAAGGCAAGCGGCAGCGCAAGUUCCUCUGCCCGGGCACAUCUGCUUCCGCCGGCCACUCCUCGCUUUGAUUCGCUCAUCAGCUCGAAGUUCGUGUCCACUCCCCCUAUUAGGAUAGACAUGGCCGGGACCAGUGGCCGCAAUGCUCCAGUCCGUCUUGCACUCCAGGACGACUUUAAUGGCAAACAAUUUGAUGCUUUAAGCAACAGUUUAUUGGCACCAGCUCCACCUCGAUCAGCGCGUAAGCUUAAAUCGCUCGACCAGUCGGCGUGCAUGGAUCUGAAUGGCACUUUAAACCGAUCUAAGAUCAACGAUCCCAUGCAAAUGCUGCGCACCAUCCACAAAAACACAUCCAAGGUGAAGACUGCGCCGCAGCCAAAUCUAUCAGCUUUGGGAAGCAAAUGGAAGCAGAUGCAAGCCUCUUUUGGUUUUGAUGAAGAACCAGUGCCAGGAGCAGCGGUGGUUUCGCCACAAACUUCACCAGCGGAACCCAGCGAUCCCUUCACUCCUCUGAGCAACAGCGAGUGCACUCGCAUCGAACGUAUUCCCCGUACUUCAGAAAAUAACAGCUCUCUGGUCGCCAUGAGCGCAGCUGUAAUGAAGGUCCUAGAGGUUUCGCGGAAUGUUCUCAAUCUUAGCACCUCGCCAUCUGGACGGUUGGAUGCCCUGGUACCGCCCACCGAGGCCCAGCAGCAGGACACACCUCGCCUUUUGCUUAACGAUAGAACCAUAAAUGAUUUACAGUCACUCGAUUAUGAUUUAAAUACGGAAAACGACCUAAAUGCACUGAAUGUCUCAAAUAAGUUUAAUUUUGAUGAAAUCGGUGGCGAUGAUGACCUGCAGAACAUCAGCGAUAGCGUUUUAAAAGAUAUUAUCUUGUAGUUAAAGGCAACAAAAGAAUGAAAGAACUGUUAUGGUGGAAAUAUAUUAUUAUUGCAGCUUUCCUAUUGAUAAAUAUUACUAUUUUGCAA